AUGGGCAAUUCGAACGGGAAGCCGGUAGUCUUUACCGACGAAGUCAACCUCAACCAUUUUCGUCUGCUUCGAGUCGUCGGCAAGGGCGCGUUCGGCAAGGUCCGCAUUGUCGAGCGCAAAGACACCGGCCUGACGUUUGCGUUGAAGUACAUACGCAAAGAUGAAGUUGUGCGGUCUGAGAGCGUGCGCAACAUCAUUCGAGAGCGCCGCAUGCUGGAGCAUCUCAACCACCCCUUCCUUUGCAACCUGAGAUACAGUUUCCAGGACAUUGAGUACCUAUACAUUGUAGUAGAUUUAAUGAAUGGCGGCGACCUGCGCUUCCACAUCUCGCGCAAGACCUUCACCGAGGAUGCCGUCCGCUUCUGGAUCGCCGAGCUAGGCUGUGCUCUCCGGUAUAUCCACAGACAGGGCAUCGUGCACAGAGACGUCAAGCCCGACAACGUGCUGCUUGACGGCGAGGGACACGUACACCUGGCCGACUUUAACGUUGCUUCCGAUUUCAUCCCCAACAAACCGCUAACGAGUAAGUCGGGAACCUUGGCGUAUCUCGCCCCCGAGGUAUACGAGGGCAAGGGUUAUUCGUGUGAGGUCGACUGGUGGUCGUUGGGUGUGCUCUUCUACGAGUGCAUCUACAACAAGCGGCCCUUUGAAGCUCGCUCGCACGACGAACUCUCGGCGAAGAUCCAGAAGGCUGAAGUACCUUACCCCGUCACCAAUCCUCCUGUGUCUAUGCCGUGUCUGCAUGCCAUCAGUUCGCUGCUCGAAAAGAACAGGUCGAAGCGCAUCGGUGCCAUCAGCUUCGAGUCAUUCACCGACAACCCCUUCUUCCGUCCCCUUGACUUCUACGAGCUCGAACACAAAGAAAUCGAACCCGUCUUCACGCCGUCGAGCGACAAGACGAACUUUGACGCCACAUAUGAUUUGGAGGAACUGUUGUUGGAGGAGGCACCGCUCGAAGCACGGGCACGGAGACAAAAGCCUCGCGAGGCUCUGAAAGAAGAUGCAACGGAGGCUGAGAUCCGUGCUGAGGAGCUGCACAAGAUGAUUGAAACUCUGUUCGAACCGUUCAAUUACACGACUGUGGCGGCGGAGCGCGCACCGGUCAUUAACCCGGAUGGGAGCACACCCACUUCGACGGAAGCGCAACAAUCGUCUGAAUGGCCACGUCCCAAGUCCUCUAGGGGCUGCGAGGACGGUCAUCAACUGACGCCCACCACCACCAACCCUGGCCACCACUCCCGGCAGCUUAACCAGUCUCGGUCUACGACUCAGUCGCCGAACGGUUCGCCCCCGAUUCCUUCGGCCAAUCUCGCACCCACGUCCAGCCAACCCCAAGACACGUUCGACCCUGCGGCUGAUCCCACGCUGCCAGUAUCGUACAGCAGGCCGAUCAAUCGGCAAAGGGGCAGUACGCGCAGCACCAGCAUGGGCGGGGGCGUGCAGGUGGUCCUCAGCGAGACGGGCAGCUGGUCAGAGAUGGCCAACCAGAGCUCGUCGAUGGUCACGCCGAAGCCGGACAUCAACGACCCCAACGCGCAGAAGCCGACGGGAAUGCUCGGCUUUUUGAGUCGGAAGAAGGGCAGAGACAGGAGCCCCAAGGCGAAAGAGAAGGGUGUGCUGGGGAAGGAAGGUGCCAGGGUGAUCAUCAGCCAAGGAUGA